AGAUCGUCGGGUGCCUGCUUCAUUGGAAACAGGAACUUAGACGCAAGAUGCUCGCUCUGCGCAUCCCCCUCGACCAGAUUGCUGCAGCCCUCACGCCCGAUGUGCUUGACGUCCUUACAGUCAUCCCCGUCAACGAAAUCCCUGAAAAGUUACAUUUUUGGAGUUCUAAAAUUGAAAGUGUGUGUGCUAAUUUUGACUUGCUCUAUUUUUUUAAUUUAGGGUACUCGAUACGCCCGCAGCCUGGUGGACGAGACUGGUGCGAAGACGAUGUGGGACGCCUUUUGGCGUUACUUCAAACGUACAUGGCUGAACAGCCACGGCGCGGACCUCUGGAACGUGAACAGCAUGGAGGACGCGGGGAUCGAUCUCCAAAACUGCACGAACAACCCUCUCGAACGCUAUAACCGCGCGUUCGGGGAGCUGUUCUAUGCGGCGCACCCAAGCCUGCUCGUGUUCGUGGAGCCGGCGAAGGCAGACGCCCGCCGCUACGUCCAAAUGAUCGACGACAUCAAGCACCAUCGUCGUGAACCGCCUCAGCACGCUCCCUAUGUGGAGCCACGCAUCCCGGGCCGGUACGACGAGUUUGAGUGACCGAUUGCUCGCUCAUUCAAUUGCUAAUCAGUGUUAAAUCUGACAAUAGUACUUUGACUUCCC